AUGUGUCCGGUUGCCCUCCAUAACUCCAACGCUGCGGUACUGCGAGAAGACCGGGAUAACGCCGCGCCGUCGACUGUGAUUGCCGGCGCGUUGUCUGUGUGGAAAAGACUGCGGCAGGCCGCAACCGCACCAUCUCGACUGCGAUGCCCGAGCCCGCCGUGCUGUCUUGGGAUGCACGCACACACGUACCAGGGGGGCGACCUCGGAGAGGAGAUGUCGCACAUCCAGGGAGCCGUUGUGGUCCGCAGGCCCGAUCUGGUGCGGGCCCCCGGAUCCCUGGCGCCUGCCCACGACCUUGACUUCGUCAAGACGUUUCAGUCCUAUUUCCAGAUCGCGCAAAGCUCGCUGCUAAGGCUAUUGACCCCGUACUGUUCGGGAGAGGACCCAAGGCGAGACAUCGAGGAGUGCGUGAGGAUCCCUACGUUGGUCAGCAUGGCAAACGUGUACACUAACAAGAAGGGGGCCGUGUGGAACGAGAAUGUGUUCGUGAUGACCCAGGAGUGGACCCCGAACUACUACCACUUUACGGUGGAACAUCUUCCGCGGAUCACUUUGGGGCUAGAUAUCCUUCUCGAAAACCCAGAAAUCAUGAUCUCAAUGCAUUUCUACCAGCCCGACCCACUACAUGACGACAUUUCGGCAGUGCAGGAAGUUCAAAUGGAGAUGCUUGAGAUUCUGGGAAUCAACAGAAAGCGCGUCGUCUUUGUCAAUAAAGAGAUGCAUGCAGAACUAGCGAUUGUGCCGACUAGUACUAAUUGCGGCGACCCCGACCUGCAGAUGGUCAACAUGCUCAGGAACAGAUUCUUGCAGGGCCUUUUCCCGACCACGAAUGGCGUUCCUCCUGCGCCACCCCGCCCGGUGAUUGUGCUCAUUGUGCGCAACGAACUUCGGGGCCUGAUGAAUAACGAAGAGGUGAAAGAGGCCCUGGAGAGAAAUUUUCCAAGCUUCGACGUGGUGGAGUUCUUCGGCGCAGGUUCCGUCCGUGACCAGCUCGAGACCUUCGCAACCGCGGCCAUGAUCAUUGCUCCCCACGGGGCCGGGCUUGCCAACAUGAUAGUCGCGCCCCUGCACACUCCGGUGCUGGAGAUAGGGACGUUAGCGUGCCCCCCCUGCUUCUUGAGGCUCGCGUUGAAGCUCCACCACAUCUACGCGAGACAUCCCGGGGGCGAGUGGUCACAGACGUGCCAUGCAUGGUUCCGGCCAGACGUCGAUGAAAUCGUCGAACUAGCAAGUCGUAUAUUCCGAGUGUUGGGAUGGCUAAGCUGGGGUUUGCCAGCCGUGCCCAAGGCAGCUCUUCGCUGA